AUGCAAAAAUUCCUGUCUGUUUUGAUUUUAAUUUCACUUUUUUAUUUAUAUGAAUUUAAAUUUCAUCGAGAUAAAUUUUUAAAUGGAAAAUCUACUUUUACAGAAGAUUCUUUAGAAACUCAUUUAAAAAAAAUGGAUGAAUUAAGACGUCUUCAAAUACGUUAUUUUGGAAAAUUUGAAGCAAAUGAUGAUAUUUCUUAUGAAGAAGAUAGUAUUGAGCCUGAAGAAGCUGAAAAAGAUAGAAAACCUUAUGAAAAUCCUUUUUUGUAUGAAGGAGAUAUUAUUUUAACUAAUGAACAAUUUGAUGUCAUAUUAGAAGUUGUUAAAGAAAAUAUAAAAGAAAAUGAUAAAAACAAUACUAAUAAUGAUAAUGAUAAUACAGAAAGAAAAAAAAGAACACUUAGUAGUUCUCUUACAACAAGAUGGACAAAUUUUCCAAUUCCAUUUUAUAUUAAUACAGGAACUGGUAUUGACUCUGCUGCUGUUUUAGCUGGAAUAAAAUCAUGGGAAGAUAAUACAUGUAUUACAUUUAAACAAUCUUAUUCUUUGCCAAGAGGAAACGGUUUAGAAUUUAUUCUUGGUAAUGGAUGUUAUUCUAAUAUUGGAAAAUAUAGUGGUGGACCACAACAAAUUUCAAUUGGAUAUGGUUGUACAUCAUUAGGAACUGUUACUCAUGAAAUUGGUCAUUCACUUGGACUUUUUCAUGAACAAGCUCGUUUCGAUAGAGAUAAUUAUGUUACAAUUGAUACAAAUAAUAUUCAAUUUUCAUAUCUUUCACAAUUUACAAAACAAUCUCGUGCAACAAUGAUUGAUUUUGGCGUUGGCUAUGAUCUUGGAUCAGCUAUGCAUUAUGAUGCAUAUUCAUUUUCUUCAAAUCGUGGAAUAACUGUUGAAACAAUUGAUGAAAAUUAUCAAACAACAAUUGGACAAAGAAUGGGUUUAUCUUUUUAUGAUAUUAAAAAAAUUAAUUUUGCUUAUUGCAAUUCAACAUGCCCUGUUCAAUUACCAUGUGAAAACAAAGGAUAUACUGAUCCAAAAGAUUGUAGUAAAUGUAGAUGCCCACCAGGUCUAAGUGGUAAACUUUGUACAGAAGUUGACAUAAAAAAUGCAUCUUGUGGUGAAGGUAUUUUACAAACAACAAAUGUUCUUAAAACAUUAACAAAAUCUGGAAGUCAAACAUGUUACUUUUUAAUUAAAGCACCAAAUUCUAAAUAUAAAGUAUAUAUGACGUUGGCUGAAUCACGUUUUACACAAGCUACAACAUGCCAAGAUAACUAUGUUGAAAUUAAAUAUAAACAAGAUAUUGGUCAAACUGGUGCAAGAAUUUGUAAAUAUUCUAGUAAAUUAGAAUUUACAAGUGAAAGUUCUUUUGCCAUGGUUAUAUAUAAAGGUGGUUCAUCAACAUCAUUUACACUAGAAUAUAGACAUGAUCCACCUGAUGAAAUCAUAUCUACGUCAACUCAAACUACAACAACAACAACAAAUUCUAUUGAUGAAUCAACUAGAACAGAAUCAACAACUACCACUACUACAAAACCUACACCUACAUCUACAACAACAAGAAAGACAAUAGAAACUUCUCAAAUACCAUCAGGUCCAUGGGGAUAUUGGUCAAGUUGUUCAUCUCAAUGUGGUGGUUGUGGUAUUCGUUUCCGUAUUCAAGGAUAUGGGCAAGCUGUACAACGUCAAUUUUGUAAUACUAUGCCAUGUGUUGGUAAUUGGUGUUGUGAUCCAUUUAAAUUUGUUCCACCAUAUUCUUGUAAAGCAAAAACUACUGAUAGUACAUAUGGUUCAAUUGAAAUUCCACAAAGUGAUAAUGAAAAUAUUAAUCAACCAAUAUAUCCAUAUUAUCCUGGAUUUAAUUAUCACUCAGAUAAAGUUAUUUUUGGAUCAGGAAGACCAGUAAAAUAA